CAUGUAGCAACUCUUCUCCUCAGGGUGACAGGAACAGAUGUGUUUGGAAUUACUGUACCUCUUAUUACCAGUACUACUGGAGAUAAACUGGGAAAGACUGCUGGCAAUGCAGUUUGGCUAAACAGAGAUAUGACUUCUCCAUUUGAGCUGUAUCAGUUUUUUGUCAGACAACAAGAUAACAUAGUUGAAAAAUACCUGAAACUCUUCACUUUCCUUCCUCUUGAGGAGAUUGACCACAUCAUGGAAAUGCAUGCUAAAGAACCUGAAAAAUGGGGCCCUCAGAAACGACUCGCUGCAGAAGUAACCAAGCUCGUUCAUGGUAGAGAGGGGCUAGAGUCUGCUAAAAGGUGUACUAAGGCCCUUUAUCACAGCAGCGUGGAGGCACUGGAAGCCAUGUCUGACCAGGAGUUACAGGAACUUUUUAGACAAGCUCCUUCAGCCGAAUUGAUGCUUGAACCUGGAAUGACCGUUCUUGACUUGUGUCGCAAAGCAAAUGCCAUUCCAGAUGGACCUAGUGGGUACCAGAAAAUUACGGAUGGUGGAGUUUCAAUAAAUGGGAUUCGAGUAACUAGUCCUGAGACUGUUCUUAUUCUCGGACAGCAUAUUCUCAAGAAUGGAGUAUCAUUGCUUAGGAUUGGAAAGAAAAAUUAUUACAUUAUAAAAUGGCUGCAGUUGUGACAACAGAAUGUCUCCCGAAAACAACAUAUCAUUUUGACUCUGUUGCUCGAAGAUGUACUUGAAGAUGUUUCUACACUGUGCAUCACUAUGCAGCUCACAGACUGCCUGGUACCAUAGUUUUGGCCUCAAAAAACCCCAAUGGAGUUCAAAUAAAGGCAGCUAAGUUAUACCGCUGAAGAGAUUUUUAGAUACUCUGCCUAAUUCAAGGCAUCAGUCAUAAGAGGAUAUGCGCAAGAAGAUUAAAAGAUUCAUUUCAAAGUCCAAAGACGGAGAUGCUCUCCCCCUCCUUUAACAGCCUUCUGUGUUGCAGGAGGAGAAUGGUGACCACGUACUCUACAGCAUAAUCCACAGCAAGGGGAGCAAAAGCGUACUCAAAACCAGUACUGCUUACACAGGACACAUGCUGCUGUCCAGUGCGACUUCAUCCUAACAGAGAAACCUGCAGAAGUGGGUAAGGAAAACCAACCUACAACCAGCGGGGUUUUUUCUGAACAGGUUUGCUAUGAAGGAGGCUGCAGAAGGUUCACAAUAAAUGAGGAGAAUGAUUAAGCCCUAUGGCGUAAGCUUCUUACUGGUUAUGUAUGGGGGCUUGUUGCAAAAAGGUUUCCAGCCUUAACGUGGUAAUACAGAGCAAACUCACUUUUUGAACGUAAGAGUACCGAGCCUUUCAAAGCUUAAAUCAGACAAUGAAUCCUUUUCAUGCCUUCCCUGUCCUCCACGUGACUUACAAUGUGGGUGACACUCAUUCUGCUUCUUCAGUCCUGUGAAUGAUGUGGAUGCAUCUCUGCUACAUCGACUCUUUGGCAAAGGGACAUCCUGGCACUGGUUCUGUGGGCUCUACAGUCAGUUCCAAGAUCAUAUGUUAUACCAGAGGACUUGAAGCACGUACAGCAAAGCUUUGUGAAUUUUAGAUGCCUACGAGUUACAGGUGAACGGCAGCACAAGGGUUUCUGGACCAGGAAACACAUGAGGGAAGCUAUAGCGCUUUUGCAAUUAAAAAAGUCAGACCUUCAGAAGGGGCAAUAUGCAAAAGCUGCGCUUCUUCAUGAAAGAGCAGAAAGGGAUCCUACUGCUGGUGGCCUAGCCAACAUUUGGGACCGUAGCUUCCUCAUUUUCUUGUAAAGGCAGCACAAAGGAGGGAACGUACUUUGAGCAUUGGUAGAAUAGCAACAUCUACAUUUAAAAGUAGUAUUGCUUUAUUGCGCCCAAACACUCACCCCCGUUUUUUACUCCUGGCCACUGCAGCUGCUUACACACCUGGAAUCACAGGAGCAUGGAGUUCAACACCUUGCUAAAGCCCCUUCCCAGGGUGGGGUUUGGGACUGGGUUUCUUAGGCAACACAGGUGCCACAGUACUUGUAGUCAGGUCACCUCAACAGCAACAAAACCCAUGGGUGGUUACCAAGAUUGUUAGCAGUACAAGCCCAUCUUUGAAUUACUUAGAACUGGUUGCUUGACUUGUAGAGUACAGUCAUGUCGCUGGCUGGCUCAGCACUUUUUCAUGACGGGACCCUCCCUGCCCCAGUGCAAACACAAAGGAAGCCCUUGGUCUGACUUACGAGGUAAUUGAUUGAUUUGGGCCUUGGCUGCAGCGUCCUUCUCAAGGCUUAGGGUCACCCUCGCUCUUGGGACAAGGAGAAGCAUUUCCUAGUCCUUACAACUCCUAGGCAAUACAGUUUUGCGGUCACAGCGGCAAAAAAGGGAGAGGCCUUAACCUCAGCUACUUGCCUGUGGUAACUCAUCACCACCGUUCACGUUGUUUAGAAUAAAAACACCCAGCCUAUGAGGAGAACGGGGAAAUGGGAGGCCAGUCAGUCUCAAGCAUCCAGAUAUUUUACAGGUGGGUGGGGAGUUUCUGUUG